UGGUGCCGUUUCACUCUCCUGCCGGCGGCUGAGCCGCCCCCCAGAAGGCAGAGCCAUGUGAGCGGGACCCGCGCCGCCUCCGCCGGCGCGUCCGGGAUGUGAACAGCGGCGCUGCCGCCCCUCGGGCAGGAGUCACGCCGGCGUCCAGCCCUGCCCCGGGCCAGCAUGACCGAGGUUAAAGCCAAGGAACCCCGGCCACCGCCGCCGGCCAGAGACGGGGCGGUCCUGCUGCAGGGCCAACCCGGCCGAGACUCCUUCCGCAGGGAAGCGGAGGCCAUCGACAUCUCCUUGGACGGACUGAUCUACUCCAAGAGCAGCGACGAGGAAGACGAGCCGGGGCAGCAACAGCAGCCGGACGAGGAGCAGGACCGGGACUCCCUCUCCUACCGGCCGGCUAGCGGCUCUCUGUCGGACACGGUUCUGGACACCUUCCUGGUGCCCACAGCUCAUGCCAGCUCCACCGUGCCCUCGGCGCCCUGGUCGUUCUUCGGGGCUGAGGCGGCGGAGGCACCCGACGACGCCAUGAACCGCUGCCCCUCGCAGAAAGCGGGCGAAGACGCCCCAGGACCACCUGCCCCCUCGCAACCCCCUCCGCGGCCCGUCCCGCUCUGGCCUGCCGGCGAACCGCUGACGGCCGCCGCAAAACCGCGUCCAUCGGGCCCGGGGGGCGGCGGGGAGGGUCCCGGUGAGGCUCCGAAGGGCGAUACACGAGGUGGGGACGCGGGUCAGGAGUACCUGCACGUACCUCUGCUGCCGCUCAACUCGGCCUAUCUGGCCUCGCGCACGCGGCAGCUGCUGGACGUGGCGGAGUUCGACGGCGGCGCCGCGUUGCCACGCUCCCCGCCGCCCGCCGUGGAUCUGCCGGGAUACGGUUACCCGCCGCCCGACGGCAAGGACGGGCACUUCGCAUACGGCGAUUUCCAGCCGGCUCUGAAGAUCAAGGAGGAGGGGCUCGGCCUCCCGACCCCGUACCCGGGCGGCAGGGCUACCCCUGCCCCGGCCUGCGCCGACUUCCCGCAGCCCCCGCGGGCCGGGCCGGAGCCGUCGCUGGAGUGCGUCCUCUACAAGACGGAGCCCACCCUCCUCGCCGGGCCCUACGGGCCGCCGGCGGUGGUAGCGCCACCCGACAGCCUGCCUUCCACCUCGGCCGCGCCGCCGGGCCUCUACCCGCCCCUGGGUCUCAACGGGCACCAGUCCCUGGGGUUCCCGGCGGCGGUGCUGAAGGAGGGCUUGCCCCAGCUGUGCCCGCCCUAUCUCGGCUACGUCCGGCCAGAUACAGAAACCAGCCAAAGUUCUCAGUACGGCUUUGAAUCGCUACCCCAGAAGAUUUGUCUCAUCUGCGGUGAUGAGGCUUCUGGUUGCCACUAUGGAGUACUCACCUGUGGGAGUUGUAAAGUCUUCUUUAAAAGGGCAAUGGAAGGGCAGCACAACUAUUUAUGUGCUGGAAGAAAUGACUGCAUAGUUGAUAAAAUUCGCAGGAAGAACUGUCCAGCAUGUCGCUUGAGGAAGUGCUGUCAAGCUGGUAUGGUCCUGGGAGGUCGAAAAUUUAAAAAGUUUAACAAAAUCAAGGUUGUGAGAACAUUAGAUGCUGCACUCCAGCAGCCAGCGACCCUUCAAGAUGAAAGCCAGUCUCUUACCCAAAAGCUGUCCUUUUCUCCAAAUCAAGAAAUACAGUUUGUGCCCCCAAUGAUAAGUGUCUUAAGAGGCAUUGAGCCAGAAGUUGUCUAUGCAGGUUAUGACAAUACAAAACCCGAAACACCAAGUUCCUUGCUGACCAGUCUAAAUCAUCUUUGUGAGAGGCAACUUCUUUGUGUGGUCAAAUGGUCUAAAUUGCUACCAGGAUUUCGGAAUUUACAUAUCGAUGAUCAGAUAACCCUCAUCCAGUACUCAUGGAUGAGUCUAAUGGUUUUUGCAAUGGGAUGGAGAUCAUACAAACAUGUCAGUGGUCAGAUGUUAUAUUUUGCACCAGAUCUGAUUCUAAAUGAACAGAGGAUGAAAGAAUCAUCGUUCUAUUCCCUGUGCCUAUCCAUGUGGCAACUCCCACAGGAAUUUGUCAGACUUCAAGUUAGCCAAGAAGAGUUUCUGUGUAUGAAAGCGCUCUUACUUCUCAACACAAUUCCUUUGGAAGGUCUAAGAAGCCAAAGCCAAUUUGAUGAGAUGAGAACAAGUUAUAUUAGAGAACUGGUGAAAGCAAUUGGUUUGCGCCAGAAAGGCGUUGUGGCCAACUCGCAGCGUUUCUAUCAACUUACAAAACUGAUGGAUUCCAUGCAUGAUCUAGUGAAACAGCUCCAUCUCUUCUGUCUGAACACAUUUCUCCAGUCCCGUGCACUGAGUGUUGAAUUCCCUGAGAUGAUGUCAGAGGUGAUUGCUGCCCAGCUACCCAAGAUUCUGGCAGGGAUGGUGAAACCUCUUCUCUUUCACAAAAAGUGAAAUGUCUUUUCUCUUAUCAUAGAGAUGAUUUCUGGGUCAUUUUUUUGUUUUGUUUAUUUUGGUCAAGAUUUUGCAAUGUCAAGACUUCAGUGUAUUUGUCAUACUUACUCUGCCUACUGCUUUAUACUUGUAACAUACACAAGCCGUUUAAGCUUGAUGUACAUAUUGUGCGUUCCUGAUUCCUUAACUGCAAAAAUCACAACAGUCGUAAGAAAUGUUUUGUAAACUUGGCUAAGUUGCUUUUAAGAUAUGCAUAAGAGUGUCAAUGAAUAGAGUUGUCAGAUUUCUAAGAACAGUUACCUUAAACGUUUUUGUUACAUACUACAUGCUCUCAAAUUUAUGAUAUGACAUGGUGUAAGGUUUUUACUUUAACACACUGUGUGCAUGGCUGCACGUGGGCAUGUGUAUAAUACAAGAUUUUGGAGGAAUUAAAAUAAAUAUUGCCCACAUUUUCUCACAGAUAUUUCACUUGUUAUUAAUUAAUCUGCCUCACAGAAAUAUCUUUUCAGUCAGCUGUCCGGGAUUACAUAGAUGUUGCUCACCCUCAUGAGUAACUAGUGUUAGGCACAAAGUAUACAUUCAUAUUCUUGUCUGUGCUCAUACUGCGUUGAAAUGCUGAGUUCAGUAUGCUGUUUGCUGCACUGUUCAGUGUUGCUCUCCUUCAAAAAUAGGAAAGCUUAGUAAAAUUUCAGUGUAUAUUACAACAG